CUCCCCUCCGCGCUCCGGCAGGCCGGCCGGAGACCGACCGGAGGCCGCCCGGUGCUGGGGAUGAAGCGCAGACGCAGAGGCGGCGCGGCCCAGCAGGCCGAAGCGUGCGAUGUCUGGCUGGACACCGCCGAGCUGAAGCAGAGCGCGGCGCAGUCUCUCACAGCCAAGCCAAAAGUAUCUAGUCGAAUUCUGGAAAGGAAGCAUGCCUCAGUCGCUUUCAUGCAGGCAAGAGCCUCUCAGCCACGCACCAAGCAAACCACCAUCUCCGCCUUCUUCAGCACUCAGACAGAUGAAAAAGACAAAGAAAACUCCAGGCCAUCUCCUUUCAUCCUGAAGAAAGACUGUAAAGAAAAAGGCAUUUCUUUGGCUGCCUUCCCUGUGAAGAUCUUGGCUUUGCCGCAGAUGGAGGAAGCCCAGAAACAAUCCUUCAGAGCCGAGGAGGAGAUGGCGCAGGUUGCACCCCAGCGUCGUGCACAGAAAGCACCGGCCUCGCCGACUCCUUUGCCAGACUCCUUGGUGUUACAAGCGGAGUCCCACAGCAAGAGUGAAGCCUCCUGUGGGGCGGGAGAGGAUUGCUGCUGCUUCAGCUUCACCCAGGAUUCAGAGGGCAACCGGAUCAUCGCUCACAGAAACGACUCCGAUUUAUUUGCUGGAGAAACCGUUUCAGCAAGCGGCAACAUAACCUCAGGGAAGAGAGCAGGCUGCGGGACAAACAAACAAGCAGGCCAGCCGCUCCCAGAGGAGGCAAAGACCGAGCUUGAUUUCCAACCAAGACUUGGUGCAAACCAGAGUAAGAAACCACACCAAUCAAGUAGUGUUAAUUCUUUAAUUGAUUUCUCUGAGACCGAGAAUAUAAAUCCUACUCUAACGAGCAACAGUACCUGGGCUGCUGGGUUUUAUUCAUCUCCACAAAGACCAGCGAGAGCGCGGCCUCUGAGCGAGCGCAGCCAGAACGCUGGUGCUGGUUCAGGCGAGGAGGGAUGGGGCGGCAAGGCAGGGCUGCGCAGUCCCUGCAGGCAGUUGUUCACCCAGGAUUCCGAGGGGAACAGAGUAAUCGCUCACCGCUGCCGGAACAUCCCGUCUCCUCCCAAGGACACCGGCAGCUCUCGCAGGCAGCUGCCCAACUCUCCCUACAAGGGCUGUUCCAGCGAUGCUGCAAACAGGAGCUUGAGCAAACCUGAGGAGCAGCGGUUAGAUGUGAGCUAUGAUUUACUGUUCACGCAGGAUUCGGAAGGGAACAGAGUGAUUAAACACUGAUAAGCGACCUUGAAUGGGUGGCCUGUAUGACCUCUUGUGAAGCCGCGAGAAAGCACUUUUUUGUAAGAAAGCAGUCAGAAUUAGGUAAGUGUACCCGUUGUUUCUGUAUGUAUGGUCUAGUCAGUAUAUGCCUUAGACCCAUGCAACAGGCAGGACCUCUUUAUUCUCCAAAAUUUUGCUUUAAUAAAAUUUUGAAGGAGUAUGUUUAUAAUGGUUUGACUGUUUCAAUCGUGAUUACAGCCUACG